AUUCAGCAGAAAGACCUGCACUGGCAUCUCGAGCUGCAGACAUGGAGGGGUCCAGUGACAAGCUUUUCUGCUGCAGUUGGCUGCGCCGCAGGGUUCCCCUGACCCACAGGGAGGAACUGUACCACAUCCUGAGGAUGACAGGGCCUCUGCUUCUCUCUCGGAUCCUUAAUUACCUGCUUCCAUUUGUGGUUACGAUGUUCUGUGGGCGUCUGGGAAAUGAAGUGAUGGCUGGAUAUGGACUAGCUUGUGCUACCAUUAAUAUUACCACUGCAGCAACAGGAUUUGGUCUGUCAUUGGCAUGUGAUACUUUGGUGUCUCAGACAUUUGGUGGUAAGAACCUGCUGCGGGUCGGAGUGAUCCUUCAGCGCAGCAUCAUCAUACUGCUGUUGUUCUGUCUGCCCUGCUGGGGGCUGCUCAUUAACGCCCAGGCCGUCCUGUUAUGCCUGAACCAGCACCCUGAGGUGGCCAGAAUAGCCCAGCUGUAUAUUACAAGCUUCCUUCCUGCAGUACCAGUAAUGUUUCUACAACGUCUCCAGGUGUCUUACCUGCAGAACCAGGGUAUAAUAGUGCCACAAAUGUAUGCUGCUGCCAUGGCGAACAUAGCAAAUGUUGUGACAAACUACAUCUUUAUAUACUGGCUGGAUCUGGGGGUGAGCGGAUCUGCAGCAGCCAAUGCACUGUGUCAUUUUUACAUCUGCAGUUUUCUGUUUGCUUACAUUUGGUGGAAGAAGCUUCAUUUAAAAACAUGGGGAGGCUGGUCUGUGGAAUCACUGCAGGAGUGGGGCUCCUACAUGAAACUGGCCAUUCCCAGUACAUUUAUGAAGUGCUUUGAGUGGUGGGUUUAUGAGUUUGGUGGAUUCUUUGCAGGAAUGCUGAGUGAAGAUGAGCUGGCAGCCCAACAUGCUGUGAUGAUGGUGUCUUUCAUAACCUACAUGUUCCCUCUUGGUAUUCAAGCUGCAGCUUGUGCCCGAGUGGGGAAUGCUCUCGGAGCAGGAGACACUGCCAGGGCCAUCCUCACCACCAAGAUGUCAUUGGCUCUUGCAGGUAGCCUUGCAGCUGUUGAAGGUCUUGUGCUUGGUUCUACUAAAACAGUGAUCGGCUUCAUCUUCACAUCUGAUGAGAAGAUCAUAGGUCUGGUGUCACACCUGAUGAAUGCUUACUGUUUCCUUCAGCUCUUUGAUGGUCUUGUGUGUGUGUGCACAGGCAUCUUCUUGGGCACAGGCAAACAGAAAAUACCAGCUGUGGCCAACUUUGUUGGAUACUACUGCAUAGGACUUUCACUGAGUGUUACUUUAACAUUUGUUGCAAAACUGCGAGUUUUGGGUUUUUGGCUGGGACUGCUCAUUUGUGUUAUUAUACAAUCCACCUUCUACAUCAUUGUCAUCUUUAAGCUGAACUGGGAGAGAAUAACAGAGGAGGCUGUAAACCGAGCACAGAAAAACACUCCCCUGACGACAUUAUUAAGCACAGACGCUGCGGGUAACAACACUGCUGACCAGACAGCAAGUAAUGGGAACUCAGUGGACGGCUACAUGUCUGUGAGCACCGAGUGCCACGUUUGGAACACGGAGACACAGGGUGGACAUGUGCUCGAUCAGCUAAAGGCUGUCCAUCUCUCCACCAGCCAGCUGGUCCUCAGACGAGGCCUCGCCAUGUUUGCAGCAGUUGCACUUCUGGCUGUGGGAACAUGUGUGCACUUCCUUGUGCCCUUGCCAAACCUGCCUUCAGAAGCCAACUUUACUUUGGACUGGAUCAAUACGACAUAUACUCCUGAUCAAACUGUCUCCACUGUGCUGGUCCCAAUAGAAUAACCCUGAGAUGUUUCAUCAUUUAAUCAUUGUUUUUGCUCAAUGUCAUAAAAACACUCUCUUGGACUCAUUAUCUUUGACAGAAAGUGACAGAUUUAAUGAAAAAUUAGGUGAAUAAAUAAUAAAUAAAUACACUAUUAUUUUUGUUUUAGAUUUAUUUCUUUGUAGACGAUAACAUUUUUUAUGUUUCCUCUGCUUUUUUGUCAUGUCGAUCUCUAAUGCAAAAUGAUGAGUCAGAUUGACUUUGAGAGCUCGAUAUAACGACAAUGCCUCUGUUUAUUGUAUUAAAUAGGUUGUCAAACUGUC